CUAGAAAGUGGCAUAGACCUUAUUUAAUGUAUUAUUGAGCUGAUGUUACCGCUAACAUAUUUCAGAAUCGGAAAAAAAAAACGGACAAUAAGCAGAGUGAACCGGACGAGUGAACUAUCUUGACUUUAAAAGGAUCUUUGACCCCUCAGAGUGACCCACCAAGACGGCCGGUUGCCUUGGCAACCUAUAUACAACUGCAGGCAGCUGCUAGGGACCGAGUCUAACUAUAUUAAUUUCUUUUUUUUACUUCGUGUCGAAAAAAAGAGAUUUAAUCAGUGGAAUAACCAAACUUGGUCGAGUCGAGUUGGUCAAGUCUUUAAACCGGACUCUUGUGGCAAUGUCCGUGCCUAACAAUAACGUUGCAGCAUCCGCAGGAAAGGCCUCAAAUGUUCACAAGACACCUGGUGCGAAGCCAACCAAAGCUGCAAGUAAGAAAAAGGAUGAGGAGGAGGGUGUGGAUGCCGGUGAAGGACUGGAUGAGAGGGCUCACGGGAAAGCACUUAUUAAACCUGCAGAUCAACUGGAGCUAACUGAAGCUGAGCUAAAAGAGGAAAUCACAAGGAUCCUGACUGCAAACAACCCACAUGCACCCCAAAAUAUUGUCCGCUACAGCUUCAAGGAACGUUCCUACAAGCCUACCCUUGUUGUGGAUCAGAUGGCUGUUCACUUUGUGCUGGAGGGCAGUCUAGUGCAUCAAGACUCUGAUGAGGGUCGAAGACUGAGGGCCAAGGAGGGUGUCCCUGAAGAGGCUACAACAGUCGACACAGGGGUAGGAUCUGAUGAGGAGGGACCAGAAACUAUGUUUUCACCUGUAGAGGACAGACCAGAUAGCGUUGCCUCCAAAACCGACAAGAAGGAGCAGAAACUUACUAACCAAAUCAACUUCAGUGAGAGGGCCUCCCAGACCCUCAAUAAUCCAAUGAGGGAAAGAAGCUGCCAGACUGAACCUCCUCCACGCAGCAACUUUUCUGCCACCGCUAAUCAAUGGGAGAUCUAUGACGCAUAUGUGGAGGAGCUGCAGAAACAAGAAAAAGAUAAAGAGAAGCAGAAAGCCCUACCAUCAAAGAAAGAUAAUGACAAAAGCAGGAUUAUGCUGACAGAGACUCAGAGCAAUGACUUCACCAAAGUGGCAAAAGCAACCCAGAUCUUAGAACGAAUGGUCAAUCAGAAUACAUUUGAUAGCAUAGCACAAGAUUUCAAAUACUUUGAGGAUGCCUCUGAUGAGUUCAGGGACCAGGAGGGCACCCUUCUGCCUUUGUGGAAGUUCCAAUAUGACAAAGCCAAAGGACUGUCUGUCACUGCCCUCUGCUGGAAUAAAAAAUACCUGGAUCUGUUUGCUGUGGGAAUGGGGUCGUAUGACUUCAGUAAACAGGGGCAUGGCAUGCUUGCCUUCUACACAUUGAAGAACCCCUCGUUUCCAGAGUACAUCUACCCCACCAAUUCUGGUGUGCUGUGCCUCGACAUCCAUGACCAGCGUUCCUACCUGGUGGCGGUGGGCUUCUAUGAUGGAUGUGUGGCUGUCUACAAUUUGAAACAGAAGGGACUGGAUCCUGUGUACAAGAGUACAGCUAAGACUGGCAAACACACUGACCCUGUCUGGCAGGUACGCUGGCAGAAUGAUGACAUGGACAAUAAUCACAAUUUCUACUCUGUGUCAUCUGAUGGUCGAGUUGUGUCUUGGACACUUGUUAAGAAUGAGCUUGUCUUUACUGACAUUAUCAGACUGUCACUGAAUGGUGUUGUAUCUGAAGGGGCAGAUGGUUCACAGCAGCCCAGCAUCGCUUGCGGUACAGCGUUUGACUUCCACAAACAGAUCGACUAUCUCUUCCUAGUUGGCACCGAGGAGGGGAAAAUACACAAGUGCUCCAAGACUUACUCAAGCCAGUUCCUUGAGACCUAUGAUGCCCACAGCAUGGCAGUGGAUGCUGUGAAAUGGAGCCAUUAUCACCCAAAGGUUUUCAUCUCCUGCAGUUCAGACUGGACUGUCAAGAUCUGGGACCAUACUAUCAACACUCCAAUGUUCACCUUUGACCUGAAGGCAGCUGUUGGAGAUGUCUCCUGGGCACCAUACUCUUCUACUGUGUUUGGUGCUGUCACAACAGAUGGAAUAGUUCAUGUUUUUGACCUCAACAUCAACAAAUAUCAGGCCAUCUGCCAGCAGUCAGUGGUGGCCAAAAAGAAGACCAAGCUGACUCACUUCGAGUUUAAUCCCAUCCAUCCUAUCGUCGUAGUGGGUGAUGACCGAGGUUACGUCACCAGUUUAAAACUCUCCCCUAACCUUCGCAAGAAACCAAAGGCUAAGAAGGGUCAGGAGUUGCCUAAGGAUCCAGAAGUUCAAGUAGCCAAGAUGGAGAAGCUCCUCAGUCUGUUGAGGGAACCAGAGCAAAGCACAGUUUAACGUGGCCGCCGUGGAUUCUCUCCCCAACACAGAAACAGAAACAUGGAACAAUCUUUCACUCCAUUUCUUUUGCUGAGCGUGUGCAACAGUAAACAACAUUGACAUAACAAGGAGACAAUUUGUAUAUGUUUAUUAAAAAAUGUUUCCCUCUGA